ACAGUACCCUUUCGGGUUUCGUAGCAGAAAAAGCAUCAUUACAAAAACUAAGAAACAUUUGUCGUCACUAUGAAAACAGACGAGGAAUACAUGUGGAUAAUGUAAUUGCAGAGCAUGAUGCACGUGCUGCUCAGUCAUAUUCAUUUUUCGUAGGGAAAGGUUUGUCUGAAGAUGAAUCUUUAGCAGCAGCAUUUGCAAUUUCAUUUUAUACUGGAUCGAAAAGUGAAGCAUGUAGUCGAGGUGCUAGUUUAAUUGCACGGCAAAGUAAUGGAGUUGUUAUUGAUGAUAAAAUAGUUCAAGAACUGAGUGAAGCAUCAAUUAUUCUUUAUUAUUUAGUCAAAGUCAAAGCUCUUUCAUACAUACCCUAUUAUUGGGGUUAUGUUACACGAGCUUGUCAAUUGAAAGACGAAGAAUUAGAACUUUAUACAGCUGGUGCUUUGAUUACAUGGAUUCAAUUUAGUAGUUCAAAGAAAGGAAAAAAAGUAGCUAGUAAUGCUGGUUUUGCCGGUCGAAAUACAUUUUUCAAAAUCUGUUCACUGACUGGUCGUCCAAUCAAGGAAUUUUCAAACUAUCCAGAAGAAGAUGAAGUUCUCUUUUUACCACAUUCAACAUUUCUCGUCUUCAAACAUGUAACUAGUCAUCAUGGUCGUCAACAUAGUAUUUACAUGCGUCAGGUUGAGUUAGGUCUAUCUGCAUGGUCUGUAUUAUGGGUCGAUGACAAUAUAUUUAAUCCAGAAUGGGAAAAUAAAGAGCAUAUGGAAUAUGCAGCAGCUAAAGAGUUGAACAAGAAUGUACAUUUCAUUCCUAAAUCAUCAACAGAAAAUGCUCUAUCAUUUCUUCGAUCACUCUUUGGACAGAUUUUAAAAAAUCGAAAUACACUUCGUAUUGUUACUGAUAUGCAUCGUAGCAAUGAACAAUCACCUAAUAAUGCUGGUUCACGUUUGAUAAAAGGAUUAAGACAACUUGGUUUUCAAAACUCAUGUUUUGUAUUCACAAUGCAAAGAGGCAUAUGUAAUGAAAUCUUGAAAAAUGAAUUGAAUGACCAAGAACAUCAGAAUAUAAUAGUAUCAGCUAAGACACAAGAUUUAAGAAAUGAUCUUGUGAAAAUUUUUGAUCAAGACAUUGAUCUUAGUAAAAGUAUAACAUCCCAACGAAUAUUAUCAAAAAUUCCACAAACAAACACGCCAGUAUUUACAAUACCAACACGUACUAUUAGUGGAACUGAAUUUGGUAAUUCGAUAAUGAAUGUAGGUCCAACUCAAACUAGAGAAGAUUUAAUAUUUGCACAAUUUCAAGCUGGAAAUGUUCCUGACUUUAUGAGAAAUGCUAUUCCUAUUACAGUAACUGCUGGAAAUGAUACACUCAUAUAUUGGGUCCUUCCUGAUGUUCUCUGUAUAGGCACAGAUAAAGAUUAUUUACGAACACCAAUGAAUCCAUUAACAGCAAAGAAAAUAGCAGAUCUGUAUAGUGCUAUUUUACCAACAAGAAAAAUGGCACAUCAAAUCUGGCAAGCAGCUACAAUUAAACUAAAUCCUAAUCCUAAUGGUGCACCGUACGAUGCAACUAUGAUGUCAACUGAAAGAAUGAUAUUUCAUAAUAAUAAAAUUCAAGCAGCACUUACGAAUAAAAUUCCAGGUGAACUUAUAAGUGGUCAUAAAAAAGAUGUAGUUAUUUCUAUUGGAUUACUAACAAAGCCACAAAAUGUAGCUAUUGUAGGAUGGUGGUAUCCGUCAGGACAAAUGAUUCAACCCUUAAAUUAUGCAUCACAUGAUCGUUUCUAUAAAGAUUAUAGUCAUGGUAUACGAUUAAUCAAUCGUAUGGUUACAAUAAAUGGUCAAUGGUAUGAUAUAUAUGAUGUAUUACAACAUAAAACAUUCGCAUCGUUGAUCAGUGAUGAAGGUCCAUUUAAUGCUACACAAAUGUAUACAUAA